UACUACUGUCAACCAAACACAGUGAAUUUUAAAAGUAUGGAUUGUUAGUUAAAAAAUAAUUGAAACUAAGAAAUCUUGUUCAUUAUUUUGGAAUAUAAGUUCUAAUCGUAGUGCCAUUAAGUUUUUAAAGUAAAACAGCCAAGUGAAGUAUAAGUUUAGCAAUUUAAAUCUUAGAAAAUUUCCUUUACUCAUGAGGUUCAUUCAGCAAUAGUACAGGUUCAUUAAUAUGGACAAUAUGGAUGACUCGGAGAACAAUGCGAAGAUAUCAGAUUCAGCGUACUCAAACAGUUGCAGCAACAGCCAGUCUAGGCGCAGCUCGAAAUCAACUCACUCCGGAAGCAAUUCGAGUGGCAGCAGCGGCUAUGGCGGGAAACCAUCUACAUCCGGUUACAGUAGCACCAACAUUAACCAACCACCAGAGAAAAGGCUGAAAGAUAAAGAUUCGAAAAAGAAGAAGCAAGCGCAAGCGGAGAUGUUAACAGAGGUGCGAAAUGAAAGAGACGAUGGUUUGGAAGAAACAGCUCCAAUUUUCGAAACACCUAAAGAAGUAAUCGACAAUGUUGUGCUGUUGUCGUCACCAGCGCUUGCGUCACCCGAAAAAGGUUCCGAAAGCAUGGACAUUUCCACGGUCGAAAAUACAAGCAGUAAAGGUGACGCCGAACCCUUUGAUCCUGCAACGAAAUCACCGGUCCACAAAACGUUGGAAAACACAACAAAUCGGACGCCAUUACCUUUUCCUGAUGGAUUCUCUUGCGUAAUAUCUAUGCAAGACGGUGUGGUCAUGUACACAACUUCAUCGCUCACUUCAACGCUCGGUUUCCCAAAGGAUAUGUGGGUUGGCCGAUCUUUUAUAGACUUCGUUCAUCCGAGGGACCGGAGUGCCUUCGCUUCGCAGAUAACAAACGGAUUAGCGAUACCGAAAAAUGUAAAUGGUACGCAAGAAAAAGUGCCUGAAAGAGAUAACUUGGUGUCAUCUAUGGUGUGUCGUAUCAGACGAUACAGGGAUUUAGCAUCGGGAUUCGGAGUUAAAAACAACGCUGUAUCAUUCUUGCCUUUCCUUUUGAAGCUAUCCUUUAAAAAUGUCAAUAACGAAGAGGGUAAUGACAUAUAUCUAGUCAUACAGGCGUCACCAUUCUUCUCGGCAUUUAAAAUACCAAACGAGAUUGUAACCAAACCAGUACGAUUCAUCAUUCGUCAUGCGGCUAAUGGUACCCUUGAAUAUUUGGAUCCUGAGUCAGUCCCGUACUUAGGAUACCUACCACAGGAUGUUACUAAUAAAGACGCAUUGCACCUUUAUCAUCCCCAUGAUUUGAUAUAUUUGAGACAAAUAUAUGAAACUAUUGUAAAAGAAGGCAUGUCUCCGAGAUCAAAACCAUACAGGAUGAGAGCACAAAAUGGCGAUUUCGUAAGACUAGAGACAGAAUGGUCUUCAUUUAUCAAUCCCUGGUCGAAAAAACUUGAGUUCGUUAUUGGAAAACACUAUAUCAUUGAAGGACCUUUAAAUCCUGAUGUGUUUCAAUCGCCUGAUCCCAACAAAGUUCAAAAAUUUUCUGAAGAAGACAAGUUAAAAGCUCAAUCUCUGAGAGAGAGCAUUAUUAAAAUUUUAAAUGAAGUUCUGACUAAGCCAGCUGAAGUUGCAAAGCAACAGAUGAGCAAGAGAUGCCAAGACAUAGCUAAAUUUAUGGAAAGCCUUUUAGAAGAUCAACCAAAGAAUGAUGAUGAUAUUCGUAUAGAACCGCAAGAUCCUGAUCACAGCUACUACGAACGUGACUCAGUGAUGCUGGGAGGUAUAUCGCCGCACCAUGACUAUAACGAUAGCAAGUCAAGCACUGAGACUCCAGUCAGCUACAAUCAGCUUAAUUACAACGACACAUUGCAACGGUAUUUCGAGAGUCAUCCAUCUUGUUCGUACGAAGAGUACAAUACAGUGACAGGUGAAAAUGUUCUGGGAAUGCAGGAUCCGAAGACGAAUUCAAAAGAGGGCACGUCACCUUCAGCGGAUAUAGGCGAUUACGGUGAUUGUGAUGUUGAACCAACAAUGAUGGAUAGAAAUAAACAAAACUUUUUGGGAGAUUAUCAGCCUAUACGACUCACUGAAUCCGUUUUAUCCAAGCAUAACGCGGUAAUGGUGAAAGAACUUGUCAAGAUACAUCGAGAAAAUCGCUCUAGUAGUAAAGGUGAAAAGGAAAAGAAUUCCAAUGAGAAUAGACAAAAAAAGAAAGAACAUUUAGCAAGAUGUAAUGCAUCGUUCCAACCUACGUCCGUCGGUAUAAACAUGACUCCACCGCAAGUGAGUAGAAAAAAGACACAAGGAGUUAAACGUGCUUCAAAACAAAUUGAACAGGAAUCUGGGGCACAUAAGCAUCAUUGUACUGCUCCUAGACAAACACGUCGCAGACAGCCAACAACCACAAUACCACAUACUGUUACUACACCGGUGACAACAACUGCUGCACCAACAGCCUGGCCGUCAAACCCAAUGAAUGCUUUUAUAUUGGGCGUUGGAAUACCGCAACAAAUGUCAAUCGUCAGUCCUGUAGCUGCUAUGCCAGGUAUGUUUCCAAUGCACUAUAUGCAAGCGCAUGGUCCGCAAAUGCAAGCAAGUACAUCUACAAACAAUGCAGUUCCUGGGCCUAGCUCUGGACAACAAUAUCAAGAACCAACAAUGCAAUGUAUGAUGUACGGGCAAGCAGUGUAUGGAUCACCUUUCAUGUACUCACCUAUCAAUCCGCAAGUGACUUACCCCGUGCCACAAAACUUUGUCACGGCGCAAGGAGUUCAAUAUGUAAACAAUUUAAAUACACUAGGCUUAGGGACCAGCAAUUACGUUGAGGCGUGUAAGACAAGUUUGCCUAUGAAGACGGAAAAAUCGCACUUCGGAAAUACCUGGAAGAGCAGGAAACGAGAAAAUGAAGGAAAUGUUCAAGGGAGCUUAUUGAGUAAUUCUUCAGAGAACGCUUCGAACAUGGAAUCGGGUGCUCUAAGUAGCGAUAAAAGUGGGACCAGGAAAACGCCGGAGAAUUCAUCAGACCUCAGUUUCUUCAGGACCAGUUACAGUGUAAAGAGUACAAAGGCGGUGCACGACGUGACUCAACCCGACGCAGGUCAAGGGGCGAGACCUGGCAAAAGCGAGGAAACGACAGACAAAACUGAUGGAGAAUCAAGCUAUUCGUCAUUUUAUUCAUCAUUCUUUAAGACAGAAUCAGGAAGCGCUGAAGAAAGUAGCGAUACCAAAAAGCUUGGCAAAGAAAGUAAAAACAACUUUGAUUGUGGAAGUAGUUAUCCAGGAUUCGGUGCGGAGCAAACGAAGAAAGGAGCCAGAAGGAAAAUGGAACCGCCAUGGAUGGAACAUGUGUGCGUUACAUCCGAGCUUAUUUAUAAAUAUCAAAUUCAAACGAAGAGUAUGGAGGAAGUCUUGUCUUGUGAUAAGCAGAAAUUAAAGCAAUUGGAACAGCCAUCGCUGGUGAAUGAGCAAUUGGGUCAGCUAUACUUAGACCUUCAAUUAGAAGGUGUGGCAUCGAGAUUGACACUUGAAGAGGGUGUCACGAGUUCCAGUAGUUCCGGAGAAGAGACCACUGUGAGAGUUCCCAAGGCGCCUAGGAAGAAACGGGAAUACAGCAAAUUGGUGAUGAUAUAUGAAGAGAACGCACCCCUCCCACCCCCUGACUCACCCGCUGCGGCUUCUGUGUCAUAAGAUUGUGAAUAAGUGAAUAAUAAUCGAAUAAUUCCAGUCAAAAAUUAAUUGACGCACAAAUGUGAAACAAAUUUGACUUUCGUGUGAUGCGAGUCGGGAUUUGUCUUAGUAUUAAGGUGAGUUUCCACUAUGGUAACAUCUGUAUGACAACAAUAAUACCAAUUAUCAUUGAAAUAAUGUUUUUGUAUGCGUCUUACAACUGUUGAAAACCACAUUAUUUGUAAAAGACAUCUGAUCAAAAUAAUAUAUAUAUAUAUUCGUCUAGUAAUUUUAAAGCCACUGUUUUUUUUUAACACAUUCCAUGUCACUACCAAUUUUCCUUAGGAAAGUGAACUCGCCAGGCAAGUUGGUGGCACUGAACGUGUUAAAGUAAUAUUUGAAAAUGUGCUAAUGUACCCAGUCGAUGAUUUAAAUCCAAUAUAGCAUUUUUUUCGAUAUUAAUAAGUUUUAAAAGUUGAUUUUCUUAAAUUUUAAUUCUUUAGUUAAAAAAGGGCAAUUUUUUACAAAUAGUAAUAUAUAUUUUCUUUUAUCUUAAUUUUUUAAUCUCUGCCUACACCGCUGCGUUACAAGCGUGAUUUUAUCUUAUUUUAAAAUUGAUAUUAAUUUUAAGCUUUUAUUAUUUACUAUUAUAGAAUUCUAAUUAAGGUCUUAU